GCUUUCUAAAUGAUAGACAUUCUUAUUUGUGCUGUUUGUUUAGUUUGUUUCUGAACUUCCUGUUUGUUUUAGCCCUAACCAAAUACGCAGCAGAUACGAUUUGCUGGUGUACUUUGAAAUUUGCGAACUGACGCCAGACGGUGAAUAUACGCCUGCAUGUGUUGAUCAUUGCCAGUCUGCGCCGGCCAACGGAGUGUUUUUGCUGCAUCAAGGCAUUCAGCGCCGGAUACGGGUUACGAUCUGGAACGAAAACGGUGAUGAUCUGAACUGGAUCGACUGCCAGGAGCUGGCGAUAGGGAGGAUUCGAAAUGUUCCUGACGGCGUUCAAGAUGAUUCAGACGUACUUUCAUGCGGUCUCUUCCCCGGUAGAUAUUUCCAGCGAGAAAACACGGAAAGGUGAUU